GCGACAUCCAUUGAACCCAAACACUAGUUGAAAAUAAUAAAAUAUAACUUAUCAUAGUGUCUGUAGUUGCUUUGUAGGUGUAGCUUGUGUGUUGUGUUGUCUCGGACGCUCGUUUUACUUGUUUAUUUUGGUAUCGCUCGUACGCACGCUCGCAACGCGAGUCCGGUUUUCGCGCUGUUCGCCUAAAUAUCUUUCUUUGUUGUAUUUAGUUCGGUACUUAUAUUUUCGUCCUAUGUAUUUAAAUAUUGUGAUAGUGCAUAAAGAAUCCUACUUUAAUCGUUGCAUAGUGAAUAUCCGAGUAUUUGAUAUUAUAUGUACAGUUACGGACACAGACAAAAAAUGCUGGAGUUAUAAGAUAUUUCCAUUCAAACUGUUCAUUGGAGCCGCAAGACAUUUUAAAAAUAUGGCAGGCUUGAUUAAAGUUAAAUGCGAUGGUCAACCAGCAAGAAGGAACAAAGAUACACGUUUAUUAGUAAACGCGGGAAACAAUGUGGUUUAUAUUGAUAAGGCAACUAUUGUUGACACAGUCGAGCCUAGAACAGAUAGUCCAGCCGCCGUGGAUGUCGAGAUUAAAACAAACUUGGCGGUUCUAUUUCCAAAAAAAUUGAAAUUCGCGUUUGCCUUAAAUGUUUUACUGGCAUUGCUAAGUAUUUUUAUAAGUUUAACAUUUGGCUACUUGUACUGGAUACAAAUGGAAUUGAUGAAAGAACAAAUAAACAUGAUAAUAGGAAAGUAUAACAUUAGCGAGUCCAGAUCUCACCAGGAGUCGGCGCGGCACCUAAUUCACGCUGAGCCUGAAGUAAUUAGUGCCCACUAUCCAGUGCCUAAAGUUAAUAAUUUUAAAACGCCUAACAAAGACAUUAUCCAGAAUGUUGAUAUUGGAUCACAAGAUAUCCCUAAUAUUACAUCAUCACUUAAAGACCUAUUUGUUGUACAAUUUAACGGCGCACAACAUGAAGUCAACUUAGGAUCAGAUCCAAUAAUUGGACCAUGGGUCCGGGACUUGAAGGUGUCGUCACCCGAAAGCCACACCAAGAUUGAGCUCAACGAGAAGUAUGUCAUCAUCAAAGAGGGUGGACUGUACUUGAUUUACGCACAAGUCGUAUACCUGACUAACGAACCAAGCUGCUUCUUAAUAUGGACGCGGCACAGCGCCCAGAACCCUAAGAUGCUGGCGACGUGCGCGACCAGUGGCUCCAACGACCGCCCACUUGCGCAAUCGCAGAUAUCCUGCUCUGUACAAAUCAUGGCAAGACUGUACGAAGAUGACGUGGUGAACAUCGCACAGAGGGAGAGAAAUAAAACGGUCUGGCUACGACCCGGGUACUCUUAUUUCGGAUUUAUAAAACUGGGAUCGUAGACUGUAUACCAUACAGGAACAGAAACACGGGUUU